CCCCCGCCCCCAGACCUGUGCUCCCGGAAGGGAGCCGCCGGCUGCUCCGGGGUCCGCGGCGGGGAGCUCGCCGGGCGGCGCGGGCGGGGCCCCGGUGGCGCGCCCGCCUCCCCCUCCGGCUCGCGCGCGGGAAGCGGCGGCUCUUCCCCGGGACUCCGGGCGCUCCUCGCGCGGCCCUCGCCGGCUUUGCCUCGGGGGCCCUCUAGCCUUGUCCGCCGGAGUUCUCCACCGACCGCUUUCCUCCAUUUGGGGACACUUCCCGCCGGCGACGCCCGAGCGCCCCCUGAGGGUCCGGCCGCCGGAGCUGCGGGGUCCCGGCCCUGCUCGCCGCCCCCGACCCUCGGGAGGCUCUCCCGCCGGCCUGCCUCCUCCCAGCCUCCGGCCUCGACGCGGGGGUGCGGACCUGGUCCCGUCUGCGCCCCCCAACACCCCCGGAAGGAGUGCGGUCCUCCGAGGCCCCGCCGCCGGCCAUGGCCUUCACUUUUGCCGCUUUCUGCUACAUGCUGUCCCUGGUGCUGUGCGCCGCGCUCAUCUUCUUCGCCAUCUGGCACAUAAUUGCCUUCGAUGAGUUAAGGACCGAUUUUAAGAGCCCCAUAGACCAGUGCAACCCUGUUCACGCGAGGGAACGGCUGAGGAACAUUGAACGCAUCUGCUUCCUCCUGAGAAAGCUGGUGCUGCCGGAAUACUCCAUCCACAGCCUCUUCUGUAUCAUGUUCCUGUGUGCGCAGGAGUGGCUCACCCUGGGGCUGAACGUCCCCCUGCUUUUCUAUCACUUCUGGAGGUACUUUCACUGUCCGGCAGACAGUUCCGAGCUGGCCUACGACCCGCCCGCGGUCAUGAACGCAGACACCCUGAGUUACUGUCAGAAGGAGGCCUGGUGCAAGCUGGCGUUCUACCUGCUGUCCUUUUUCUAUUACCUCUACUGCACGUGCGGUGUCUGCGUCUUUGAACCCGUGUGAUGGUGCGGGUGCAAUGGCACGUCUCCCUGUGUCACCUGCGAACCCUCCCGUCGGAGCCCCCGGAACCGCCGCCUCCAUCUGGUCCCCUCCCCUGCUGGCUGGUGCCGCCCACAGGGGCCACCGGUAAGUCUCGGUCAACCGAACGUCACAGAACAUCACGUCGAGGGGCGAUGGGGGGGCUGGUCCUCCGGAGAAGGGGCCGAGGGCCUUCCCGCACUCGGCCCCCUCCCACACUGGGGGAGCCCAGACAGCCCUGUGUUUCCUUUCCUGCUCCUGUCUCGUCAGGGGGACAUCGUGGGCUCCUGGCUGUUCCCUGACACCCCUGCCUUUCCCUGGGAUGACAUUUCCUGACCUGUGUCACCAGCCGCACAAGGAGAGACCCCAGCCUUAGUUAAGACCCCCCCCCCCCCCCAGCUGUUCCUGGAGUUUCUGGGGAGGCUCUCAUGAGAACCCACAGAAGCCAUCUCAUGUCUUCCCAAUUGCCCGUGAAGCUUGUCUGGGCUCUGGUGCAGGCACGACCCCACCUGUGUGGGGGGAGGCCCACCCAGCUGCCUGCCCUCAUGAGAUGGGUGUAGACUUCACUGAGUUAGGGCCACCAGGCCCCAAGCAGGAAGGAGGACAGGGCCCCUGCUCUGGUCAGUGUGUGUGCUCCUGGGUCACACACAAGCCCCUAGAACCUCCACCCUCCCUGCAGCACCUCUCAGGGUGUGGAUCCCCGAGCCCCAGUCUCCCAGCAGCCCCCGUCCCCUCCUGGCAGCCCCCAUAAUCGCAGCCUGUGGGCUCUCCCCCGCCCCAUCCAGGUCCCCUGGGCGAAGAGGUGCCCCCAGGUGCCCUACUGCACAGCCCGUAGAUAAGACGGCUUUGAAUCCAGGUAUGGACCCGGUGGGCGCGAGCCGGGACCUUGUGGUCCGGGUGUUUCCCUCGUGUCUGUGUCGGCCCUGGGAGGAGCCGACGCACACAGUGAGGGCCUUGCCCCUCUGGGCACCCAGCUCAGAGCAGCAGAGUACUGACCAUCAGAUGUCGGCACCACUGGCUGUGACCGGUGAGCCAGAAAGCCUUUCUCCCGGGAAAUGAGCCAUGACAGGUGUCCCUGCUGGGUGUCCCUGUGGAGCUCAGCAUGUGGACCCAAGUGCCCUUCUGGCCUGCUGGGCUCUCCUGCCCUUGGGACCUUCUGGAAGGCGUGGGAUGCAGUGAGAAGCGGACCUUCCAGCAUGUUCCCUGAAUUCCCAUCCACCCUCCGCAAAGCCCUGCUCCCCACCGGGACCAGAGAGACCUCUUCAAGGGCACAGUUCUGGCUACGUCCCUCCGGGGCCUGAAGCCUUCAGAUUAAGGCCCAAAUCCUUCCUGUGACCCUGAACUGUUGAUGGGGUUUUGGGGUGAUGGGGGUUCUCAGGUGAUGGUCAAGAAAGAAUUCUCGAGACA